AUGAAUCCUGCCCAGCGGUACCGUAAGCUGCGCAAGAUGAACCUUCACACUGAAGGGACUGAGUAUACGCUUGCACCUGCAGCCCUGAAACGAAACUUUUACGUGGACGACUUCAUUGGUGGUGCCAAUAACGUUCGCGAAGCUGUUCAGCUGCGUAAGGAACUAUCAGCGCUACUUGCCAAAGGUGGGUUUGAGUUGCGCAAGUGGACAUCAAACAAUCUGAGCGUGCUCUCCGGCUUAAGCACCGAGUAUAUCGGCACACACUCAUCGCUGCAUUUUAUACCCAACGAGACGGUCAAGGCACUCGGCAUCUGGGGGAAGCCUGAAUCGGAUGAGCUGUGUUUUGAAUCCAACACUGAGGCUGAUGAAGCCACGUCGACCAAGCGAUCUAUUUUGUCGAGCAUUGCCAAAAUGUACGAUCCGCUCGGAUUGAUAGCACCGGUGAUCGUGCGUGCUAAGAUGCUGAUGCAGGAGCUAUGGCUACUCAAAUCCGGCUGGGAUGAACCUGUUCCUAAUCACAUCUGUAAAAAAUGGAAGGCGAUUCAGAGCGACUGGAAAACGUUAUCCGAGUACAGGACUAACCGUUACGCUCUCUUACCAGAUGCAACAGUAGAAUUUCACACAUUUACCGAUGCUUCUGAGGCCGCCUACGGAGCAUGUGUCUACGCUCGUUGUGAAAACGCGGCGGGAGAAGUCCGCAUCAGCCUAUUAGCUUCGAAGUCUCGAGUGGCACCACUGAAGCGCGUCACGUUGCCGAGGCUUGAACUAAGCGCAGCUGUCCUGGGCGCCCAUCUGCAUCAUCGCGUCAAGGAGGCAAUGCAGAUCGUGUGCGCCGAAUCGUUUUUCUGGUCCGACUCAACAGUGACGCUAAAAUGGAUUGCGUCACCUCCCAACUCCUGGAAGACGUUCGUGGCAAAUCGAGUAGCUGAGGUGCAACACUACUCUCAUCCGAGGCAAUGGAGGCACGUUCCUGGCACAUCCAAUCCUGCUGACUUGGUUUCCCGAGGCAUGUCGGCAGCACACUUCACGCAGAAUCAGCUUUGGAAUAACGGUCCAGAUUGGCUUGUGCAACCUUCGUCCCAUUGGCCCAGCUCAGAUCCAGAACCAAGCGAUGAGGCGGACCUAGAAACACGCCAGAUCCCGCACUCGCCCGGCAGCCGGUUGGCCAGCUUCCACCAUCCCGUAUCACACCGAGCCGACCUUUUUCUGUAA